GCUCCUCCCGCGCCGGCGGCGGCUCCUCCCGCGGGGAGAACUGUCAGCGCGCGGCGGCGGCGGCGGGCCAGCCCCGUCAUAUGACCGGCCGGCGGCCCCGACGCCGAGCACAGCUGCCCGCGCCGCGAUGGCCCCGCCGCCGCCCCCGGCCGCGCGCUGAGCCGGGCCGAGGCCGCGGAGCGGCAGCCGCAGCCGAGCCGCAGCGCCAUGGCCCCGACCCUGCUGCAGAGGCUCUUCAACAGGAAGGGCGGCGGCGGCUCCGCGGCGGCGGCGGCGGCGGCGGCGGCGGCCCCGGGCCGGGCGCCCCGGGAGGGACCGGCCUUCAGUUGGUCCUGUUCGGAGUUGGACCUGAACGAGAUUCGCCUGAUAGUUUACCAGGACUGUGAAAGGAGAGGCAGACAAGUCUUGUUUGAUUCUAAAGCUGUCCACAAGAUUGAGGAGGUGGCAACUCAGAAAACGGAGGACGUCCCCAUGAAAACGCCAGCCAAGUGCUGUCAAGGAGGUGGCAGCGGCAGCCUCUCUUCCCACGGCUCUUCCGGGGGAUCUUUACCACAUGCCAAGGACCAGCUUCCAAAGUACCAGUACACACGACCCGCUUCUGAUGUCAACAUGCUUGGGGAGAUGAUGUUCGGCUCGGUCGCCAUGAGCUACAAAGGCUCCACCCUGAAGAUUCACUACAUACGUUCUCCUCCACAGCUGAUGGUUAGUAAAGUCUUCUCCGCCAGAAUGGGCAGCUUCUGUGGGAGUACAAAUAACUUGCAAGACAGCUUCGAAUACAUCAACCAAGAUCCUAACCUGGGGAGACUGAACACAAAUCAGAAUAACCUGGGUCCCUGUCGUACUGGAAGUAACCUAGGUGUGCUGCAGGGAUGCGGCAGCAAACUGCCACCGGGGGCGGCUGAAGGAGGACCGCACCGGCUCAGCCGCAGUGCCUCUUUCUUUGCAGUGCACAGCACCCCGGUCGACAUGCCGAGCAGAGGGCAGAGUGAAGACAGGGACAGCGGCAUCGCCCGCUCAGCCUCCCUGAGCAGCCUUCUGAUCACACCCUUCCCGUCGCCAAGCUCCUCCACGUCCUCCUCCAGCAGUUACCAGCGCCGCUGGCUUCGGAGCCAGACCACGAGCUUGGAAAAUGGCAUCAUUCCCAGGAGGUCAACGGAUGAGACGUUCAGCUUGGCCGAAGAAACCUGCAGUUCCAACCCGGCCAUAGCUCGGAGGAAGAAGAUCGCCAUAAGCCUCAUCUUUUCCCUGUGUGAGAAGGAGGAAGCCCAGAGGAACUUCCAGGACUUCUUUUUUUCUCAUUUCCCCCUGUUUGAGUCUCACAUGAACAGGCUGAAGAGUGCAAUUGAAAAGGCCAUGAUCUCCUGCAGGAAGAUAGCGGAGUCAAGUCUCCGUGUCCAGUUUUAUGUCAGCCGUCUGAUGGAGGCUCUGAGGGAGUUCAGAGGGACCAUCUGGAGCUUGUACUCCGUCCCGAGGAUCGCCGAGCCCGUGUGGCUGGCCAUGAUGUCCAGCACCUUGGAGAAGACGCAGCUGUGCGAGCGCUUCCUCAAGGAAUUUACGCUCCUCAUAGAGCAGAUCAACAAGAACCAGUUUUUUGCUGCCUUGCUGACCGCAGUCUUAACCUACCACCUGGCCUGGGUGCCCACCGUCAUGCCCGUUGACCACCCUCCCCUCAAAGCCUUCUCCGAGAAACGCACCUCUCAGCUGGUCAACACGCUGGCCAAGACACACCCGUACAAUCCUCUCUGGGCGCAGCUGGGCGACCUUUACGGGGCCAUCGGCUCGCCGGUGCGACUGACCCGCACGGUGGUGCUCGGGAAGCAGAAGGACCUGGUGCAGCGCAUACUGUACGUGCUGACCUACUUCCUGCGGUGCUCAGAGCUGCAGGAGAACCAGCUGACGUGGAGCGGGACCUGGGGGCCAGACGAGCAGGCGCUGCCUGGGGGCAGCAUCACCACGGCCCUGGAGAGGGGCGAGGUGGAGGAGUCCGAGUACGUGGUGGUCACGGUGCGGAGCGAGCCCGCCCUCCUGCCACCCAGCCUGCCCACGACGGCGGCCGAGGGUCUGGCCGGGGCCCCGCCGCACGCUGACACCGGAGACCUCUGUCCCCACCUCGCCGGACGAGGAGGCGGGGGGCCGGAGCAGAGCCUCGCAGCCCGCAGCACCCGGAGACCUCGGGGCGCGUCGUGUGGGGACGAGGAGAGUACGGAGGAGGCGCCCCGCGGCGGCUCCGCGAGACUCCCCAGCGGCGCAGGUGCGUGCGCGGGGCCGGCCGGCGGGGAGGAGUCGGGAGGGGAGAUGCCGAAGAAGCUGCCCGACCGCUCGGUGGCCAGGCCGUGCCCUGAGGGGCGUCCCUGGGGCAGGCCACCCUGGGAGAAGGUCACCUUCCACAUCGGGAGCUCCGUGUCUCCGGACUCGGACUUUGAAAGUCGCACCAAAGCGAUGGAGGAGCGGCUGCGGGCCUGCAGGUGUGCGGAGUCAGCGCGCCGACCCCCGGCCGGGCCCGACGCGGCCCGGGAGGCCUGGGAAGCCCGGGACUGGAGGGCUCCGAGGUGCUCCUGGGCCCCCGAGGCAUCUGCGGGGGCCCGCGGCGUCAGGACCCCGGCCGCCAAGGAGGCUGCGGAGACGCCCGGCGCACCUGCCGCCCGGGGUGCAGCUGUCGACCCCGCGCGUGCGCCAGGGAAGCCGUGGGGUCGGGGCAGGGAGGACGCGGACAGGCCUGCGCGGAGCGGGUGCGCGGCCGCCGUGCCGCACGAGGACGCCGGCUUCAGGCGGGAAGGAGGCCUCCCCAGGAACGAGAGCUCGGACAGCGCCCUCGGCGACAGUGACGACGACGCGUGUGCGCCGGCCUCGCCGGACCCGGGUCCCGGCAGUGACGGUGACAGUGAGCAUGACCGGCCCGAAGGGUCGCCGGAGGUGGAGCUGCCGCUGCCCAGGUCUCAGAGCAUCAGCAGCCCGAACGUGAGAAACUUCGGCCGCUCCCUUCUGGCAGGUUACUGCCCCACGUACAUGCCAGACCUGGUGCUUCACGGGACCAGCAGUGAUGAGAAGCUGAAGCAGUGCCUGGCAGCCGACCUGGUCCACACAGUCCAGCACCCCGUGCUCGACGAGCCCAUCGCCGAGGCCGUGUGCAUCAUUGCAGACACGGACAAGUGGAGCGUCCAGGUGGCCACAAGUCAGAGGAAGGCGGUGGACAGCACGAAACUCGGCCAGGACGUCCUGGUCUCAAGCCAGGUGUCCAGCUUACUUCAGUCCAUCCUGCAGCUUUAUAGGCUUCACCUCCCCGCCGACUUUUGCAUCAUGCACCUGGAAGACAGACUACAGGAGAUGUACCUGAAGAGUAAGAUGCUGUCUGAGUAUCUUCGUGGACACACGCGCGUGCACGUGAAAGAAUUAAGUGUCGUUCUGGGGAUCGAGUCCAACGACCUGCCCCUGCUGACAGCUGUCGCCAGCACUCACUCUCCGUACGUCGCUCAGAUACUCUUAUAAGCUGACGCUCAGGACAGCUGCGCUGUGGAAGAAGGGUCAGCCGCUCAGCCGAAGGAGGGAGGACAGACGGCCGCUCCCCAGGACCGCGAGGCCCGGGCAGGGCAGAUGGAGCCAGUCCUGCACGCUGGGCCGGGCCGGGCGAUGGCGUGAGCACGUCGGGGCCCAGCAGCGGGGCUGAGACGUCUCCCAGUUCCAGCGCGAGCUCCCCAAGCUGGGGAGAGGGGUCCCGCCGUCCUGAGAAGACAGCGCGGGGACCCCGGGUCAGCGGCCGGGUGAAGCCCGCGCGUGCCACCCUCCGUUCCGGUGGCUGCGGCGUCACCAUCACCGUCUGGUGCAAAGCACGGAGGGCCGGGAGCUCCAGGGACCCGCUGCUUCCCCGUCUUGUCCCAGUUUACCGUGUUCGAGAUGCAGCCACGAGUAGGUCAGGGAUGGGUCGUUGGUGCGAUCAAGGCAGAAAUCGGCGCAGCAUCCUCAGCCCGGCCCCGUGUGGUCCCGUGGCCGCGGCGAGCUCCGCCCGACCCCGCCCGGCUUCUCCGGACGCUUCGCAGCUCUCGGCAGCCUUUUAAGCGGGGCCGUUCACCAAAGUUGGUUCUGUAAGCUGGCGAGUGGUUCUGUGGCUGAACUCCAGCGGAAGCCACCUUCUUCCUAUACUAGUUAAUACAUACGACUAUUUAUAUUUUAAAAGGCCCAGCUGUCCUGGUGGGAAACGAAAGCUGCAAGAGUGCAGGAAGACCCAUGAAACGAAUUCGUUUGAACGUUUAUAAACAAUCCAGAUAUGAGCUGAAUUUUUACACUAUCAUCUCUGUGCCUUCCAAUCCCUAUGUCCUUUUCAAAACAGCUUCCCAGAAAUUCACUGCCCCGUAGUAUAAAAACUUGCCAAAAUGAAACAUUGUUUAUUUAUGAGCAUAGUUUGCUUUUUAAAAGACCUUCAUAUUCUGUUGACGUUAACUUUAGUUUACUGACCGUGAAACAGAUGAUGUACUGACAUCCAGGGUAAAGGAAAAGCCUCUUCGGUCAAUGGAUGGUUAAAAGGCAGGGGGCUGACCCAGUACAGCAGAACUGUUACACCUGCAGAUAUUGAGGUCGGUUCGUUAUAACCAGGCUCUGAUUUCCUUCUCUUUUAUGAAUUGAUGCCGGUCCUUUCCAUGUAGCCUUUGCACCUAAGAAUAUGAAACGACUUCCCUUUCAGGAGUUAAAAUGACUUCAUAUUUUCUACUUGAUAAAAUCCUGAUCCCAAAACCCAAGUUACAUACAUCUGUGUCUUUACUCUCUGACACAUGCACGCGAGUUAUUUGUUUGAAAGAGGAGAGCGGCAGGACCAAUGGAGAAAAACAGGUGUGUUCUUUCUUUCUUAGGAAUAGGUCAGAACGGCAGCCUUCCCCUCUUUUUAAAUAAAUCAUCUUUGUUUCUUUUGGCGGCUUGUAGCAUCUUUGUUCCCUGACCAGGGACUGAACUCAGGCCCUCCGCAGGGAGAGAGCACUGAGCCCUAACCCCUGGACCCCAGGGAAUUCCGCCCCCCCCUUUUUUUUACGGUGUGAAAUGCAGAGAGGCGUGUUGAGGCUCUUAAGAUCUCGGAUUUGUAUUGUAUGCCUUUCUCUCAUAAAAGUGACGUCCAUUCUUUCUACGUUUUCUGUUUCCUCUUGCCUGAUGUCUGGCACGAGACGGGUGUUCCAAGUCCCUGGCUCCGUGGCAUCGCGGCGGUUGUCGUGGACCUCGCCCGUGGCCACCCUCUCCCCGUCCGUGCUGAGUGAGGUCAUAGCGUCCCCUCUGCACCGGCUUCGAGCACCCGCAGUCUCGGUUUCCUUCUCCUCGUUGACACGUUCUGGGCGCUUCCCAUCCCUCCUCCCCUCACCUUCCAGGGCUUCACAGACAAUAACUAGGAACAAAAUCAGUGCACGUAGCAGCCCGGUGAGCAGUAGACCCGGCCCGGGGGACGCUGAGCUUUAAAUGGCCGAUUUCUAAACUCCACUGCGGCCCAGCCCCUGGAAGCUGAGGAAACUGGCUUUGCCUCUGCAUCUCCUGUCCCCUGCCUCCCCCGGGAGAAGGUGACAGAGGAAAAGCACUCAGGACCCUAGGCGGCCCCGACCCUCACGACUGCCGCCUGCACAGCAGACCAGGGAUGUUGCUGCUCGUUCAUAAGCCCUCCCCGGGAGAACAUCCACCUGUGCUCUCUCCUAAACUCAGCCUCCUCCCCAAAGCGGAAAAGAAUCUCAUGGAACUGUGUUGAGACACACACCGGACCCCACCUGGUGGCCUGGGUCUGUCUUAGCCCAAGAGGCAAGGAAGGGACCUGCCCUCGCCCAGGCCCACCUCAAGAAAAGAAACAAAAGUAAAAAAAAAAAAAAAAGAAAAAAAAGAAAACUACCUCAGUUGACAGGAUUCCACCUUUAGGGUUUCUUCAACUUUGACGUCUUACCUGUUGAGUGCACCUUUUGUAGCAUCUUGCUUUUCCACGCAAGCUGGGAAGCAGGAUAGAGCGGUGUGUGCCCGCGUGACCGUGAUGGGCCUCUCUCUAGCAUGUCGCGGUUUUAUUUUUCAUAGACUGACGGGUGAUAUGAAUGUAAAGAUCAUUGUGUACGUUUAAACAUGACAAUGAAAACUUAAAAUGUAGCUUCCAUACUUGUGCAUAAUUCCAAAGUAUUUUAUUUUUAUCAGUGUUAAAUAGCUUUUUGUACAGGCUUCAAUCCAUUUUUCUGAAGUGUGUUUUUUAAUGAAAGUUAACUCCAAACUUUUCACAUCCCAUGGAACUGCCGUUUACACAUCGCAACUUUUUAAACUUUCCAUAUUUUUCAAAGUUAACUUUUUUCGAGGGAGGAAAAUCCCUGCCUGCUAAACGAUACUAAACUGUUGUUUAGGCCCUUCGAAUUAGGUCCUGAGAUUUUAUAAAAUUCAGCCUGUAGCUUUUUAGGUUCCUCACUAGAGUUGGUUGUACAUAAAAAUAAAGAAUAUAAAGUGACCCCACGGUUCUUUUAAAUAUCUGGAUUUUUCCACUAACACAUACUUUUGAAAGUAUUUUGUUCAUGCAUACUUUCACCAAUAAACUGAAAAAGUCUUUAGCUUCUUGGUAAAUGUGAACCAUUUGUUUUCUCUUGUGCUUUGGGGGAGGGGACCUUUUAAUAUACUGUUUGCCUAAAUCAAGCAGCCCCGUCUGAAUGUUAAUUUUUAAAUGUCCAUCUUUGGUGAACCGUACAUCUUGAAAGCAAGAUUGCAAUGUGCUUAAAUCUAAGUGGUGUUUAAAAAGGAGAAAAUUCUGGGAUUGAUUUGUUACUACUGAAGUUCCAUUAAGACAAAUUGGUAGGACUUUAUGUUUUUGAUCAGUUAAAUAGAUAUCAAUGUCAAUGUAUGGAAAUUUUUUUCUUCAAACUUGUUCACAUAUCAUUUUGAUCCAUUUUUAUGUGGCAUUUGGUGCAAUAAACCUUCUGAAUUUAUCUUGAA